AUGGCGAAUUCGCAACCUCUCUUCAAUACCAUGGACUCGUCUUUCCAGUCAUACGCCGACGAAUGGGUCGACUUUGACGCCUUUAUCAAUUUCCAUGCUGAUGACUACAGUCAGACGGAUUUGAUGGGAAAUUUUUUCCCACAGGAUAAUCAGAGUCUACCUGCUGAAUGCCUGGACCUGCCAGAUAUGCAGCUCUGCGGGCCAGCGUUUGAGUCUCCAGUUCAGACCACCCCGACGGAUGAUUCGUUACUGGACUCCAAUCCGGUACUUUCUCCUACACAGAGCUCACAAAGUACCUUGGAUUACCGGAUAGCAGAGGGACCCUCCUUCCAGAAUAUGGAAUUCACACCUCUUACCACCUUUGCUGAUAUUUCGAAUGAGUGCUUCUCGCAGGAGACCUCUGCUGCCAUCCGAAAUCUUGUCUACUCCAGGGCAACUGCAGAUCCUCGCUCUACCUCCAUGAAGGAAAAGCGGAGAGAUGCCGCGAUUGCCCUGCACCUGCAGCGCCUUAAUGAGGCCUACCUACAUGAUACGGGCCUGGUUGCUGAUCCAGAGCCGGAGAACCUUUCUCCUGGCAGCAACUUCUAUCCUGGAAGCGUUUCCCCGCAGUCAUUGCAGGGCAGUUAUCCCGGACUGUCCGGGACGGCCAGCACACAGUCUCCUUCCACACCCGCAUCUGCGUCUUCAAAAGAAGAACAACAAGCAUCUCAAUAUCCUUCUGGGGGCGUGGAGAUGGUUCUCGACUUGAAUAUGAAUGCCGCGACUCGGUUGCCUAAGAAGCAGAAGCCACGAACGAAGGCCCAGAUUGAGAGCUAUAUCAAUGUGCGCAGGAAUGGUGCUUGUGAAAAGCAUCGAAGACAGCACAAAAAGUGCAAUUGUCUCGACAAGCUUGCUACCGGCGUCGCUCCUAAGGCUAAGGUUCGAAAACCAUUCGGCCUUUCUCGCACGGCACAGGGCCAACCAGUGAAGUCUGUCCAGCAAGGGGAAUUCGUUCCAACCGUGGCUGAUACCAGCAAGAUGUUCAGACUACCGUCUCCCCUGUACACUGGCUCCAUGCUGGGUCGUACCUAUUCGAGUCAGGCUGCAUCUGCACAGUCGAUGUCUUCUGGCCUAUCUGGCGAUACAGUACGACCACAGCCAAACUCUCACGUGAAAGAGCGUUUGUCGACGCGGUCCAGCCCAACUGCGAGCUCAGUUUUCUCGCAACCAGAAAGGCCAUUCGCAUACGCUGGUAUUUCGCCAGUGCCAGGAAACUCGAACCUGGCUCGUGCUACACCAGCCUCCUCUGUUCAUGAGUCUGGCGUUGUACCCAUUCAACAAGCACGCCGACAAUCGGAAAGCGUGGCGAAGGAACGGCGCAAGAGACAAUGGGAAAGCAACUUACUAUUCUCCCUCUCCGGCUCUGGCUUGCGCCAUGCGGUGGAGACUGUGCCAGAAGGCAAGCAAAACCUCACAAACGCGGUCUCUCCGCAGGUCCUUGCAGGUGUAUUCCUAUCCGUCGUCGCAAGCGCUGUGUUGCGCUAUCUGCAAUUCGCAAUGGCUGUCGCGUCUUGGUUACAGACGUACUCUAGUGUCGUCGUUGCGACUGCUCUUCACGGGUAUAAUAUUGGCUUGACGGGAUUGAAUAUGGCGUCAGCCGAAAGUUUAGGUUGCACAGUUGCACAGUUGCACUAUGGAUGUGCUGAACAUGCUUUACUUAAAGGAGUAGGUGUAGUAAUUUGCUGCAGUGAAUAUAAUUGUUAUAAGACAGGCGGUGGCCAUACAUCAGCUGCAAACAGCCAUGACGGCAUCGAGUUAACUUUAGGUAAUUGA